AUGCCGAUGGUGCUGCGUGAGAAGCGGCAAGACGUAUCAGAGGCUGGAGCCGUGAUGGACUGCAUCAAAUUGGGUCGGGUGAACCGGCCGGUCGUUCUGUUUGUUGGACUAGCUGUCCAUGCAGUCAGUGUGCAUGCAGUGUACAUAUUGUGUUCCCAACCGGUAAUCGUGGCGAUGGAGCCGACAGAGGACAUCGAGUUCCUCUGGAAGUGGCGCAAGUACCUCCUGCUGCUCGCCACGCUGGUCGCCAGCGUCACCUACGGCGCCGGCCUCAACCCGCCGGGCGGCGUGUGGUCCCAGGACCAGGGGCCAGGCAGCAACAAUGCUCGAGUGCACCGCGCCGGUGCCGUCCACCGCCCGACGCCGCUGGCCCCGGCGCCGGCCGGAGUCUACCCCUUCCGCGUCGGCGACCCGGUGCUGGUGUCCACCUACCCGCGCCGGUACACCGCCUUCUUCUACUGCAACGCGGCCGCCUUCGUUGCGUCCCUGGUCAUCAUCAUGUUCCUGCUGGAUCAGCGCAUCAGCAACAACCCCGCCGGCCUCACCGUGCUCCGCCUCGCCAUGCUGCUCGACCUGCUUGCCCUCAUGGCCGCAUUCGUCGCCGGGAGCUGCCACAACGUGGUCUCCUUCAUCUAUGUCUCUGCCGUCUGCGUCGUCGUCCUCCUCUACUUCGCCAUCUACCUAGGCGUGGCCUCCAUCUCCUCCCAUUCCCGUCUACUACUUUUCUUUUGCGGUGAAAGCUCGUGUCUACUACUAUUCAUGAGGAAAGCGCCGGUUGCGGCCUCGUACGCGGUGAAGGGGCGCAUCAAGGAGCGACGCAAGUUCCUCCUGCUGCUGGCCACCUUCGCGACGCCCCUGACGUACGCCGCGGGGUUGGCGCCGCCGGGAGGCUUCUGGAGCGAGACCGUGGCAGGGCACAGCGCCGGCGCCCCGCUGCUGCACGACGGGCGCUACAAGAUCCGCUACCACGCCUUCUUCUACGCCAACGCCAACUCCUUCGUGGCGUCGCUCGCCAUCAUCAUGGUGCUCACGAGCAGGACGCUGAGCGACCGCCUCAUCCAAUCGUACCUGCUGCUUGUGUGCGUCCUGGUGGAGCUGCUGGGCCUCAUGGCCGCCUACGCCGCCGGCAGCUGCAGGUUGAUCACCACCACCAUAUACAUCGUCUCCCUCGUCGGCGCCGUGCUCCUCUACAUUGUGGUGCAGAUGGUCGUCGAGCUGCUCUGCAAAUUGCGAGUACAACAGUAAGCGUAACUGAGCUUAUUGUUAUAUGUACUCCCUCCAUUUCAUUAUAGUGUAUAUAAUUUCUUUUUUGAAAAGUUAAACCUCACAAACUUUGACUAAUUUACAGAGAAAAACAUUUACAUCUAGAAUGUUA